AUGACGGGCGCGCGGCCGCGCGCGGUGGGGCGGCGCGAGCCUCGGGAGCGCGGCGGCGGCGAGAGCGGCGGGCGAGGCGGUGGAGCGGGUGCGGCGGGCACCAUGGGCGGCGCAGGGAGCGCGGGCCAGGCCCUGGCCGCGCUGUUGCUGGCCGCGUCGGUGCUGAGCGCCGCGCUGCUGGCCCCCGGCGGCUCGCCGACGCCAGACUUAGACAAAAAAAAGCCCGUAGAGCUGAAGAUGGACCAGGCUUUGCUGCUCAUCCAUAAUGAGCUGCCCAGGACAAACUUGACCGUCUACUGGAAUUUCGAUUGCUGUUACCAUUGCCUGCUCCGGGUUCUGGCCAGCGUCUCCCAGGGCAGGAAGGCCGGGGAGCCGGGCGUGGCAGCCGUGGCUGUGAGCACCCAGCACUGGUCCAUCCUGCAGCUGAACGACACUGCGGAGGACACAGAAGUUUGUAGGCUGGAGUACAAAUUUGGAGAAUUUGGAAACUAUUCUCUCUUGGUAAAGCACGUCCGUGACAGAGUCAGUGAAAUUGCUUGUGACCUGGUCGUCAACAAGGAGCCAGUUGACAGUAACCUUCCUGUGGGUAUUGCGUUCCUCGUCGGCAUGGCACUAAUCAUCGUGGUGUCCAUCCUGAGGUUCUUGCUGAGUUUGGAAGACUUUCAGAAUUGGAUUUCUAAAGCAAUCAAUUCUCGGGAAACCGAUCGCCUCAUCAAUUCUGAGCUGGGGUCCCCGAGCAGGGCGAGUGACCCCCAACCAGAGGCCUGGCGUCGGUUGGCGGCCCCACUGCGCCUCCGCUGCGUGGACACGUUCCGAGGGAUGGCGCUCACCAUCAUGGUCUUCGUGAACUACGGAGGCGGGAAAUACUGGUACUUCAAGCACUCAAGCUGGAACGGGCUGACGGUGGCUGACCUUGUGUUCCCAUGGUUUGUGUUUAUUAUGGGAGCUUCGAUUUUCCUGUCAAUGACUUCCAUUCUGCAGCGGGGAUGUUCAAAAAUCAGACUACUGGGGAAGAUCGCGUGGAGGAGUUUCCUGCUAAUCUGCAUAGGAAUUUUCGUUGUGAACCCCAAUUAUUGCCUCGGUCCAUUGUCCUGGGAGAAGGCGCGCAUCCCCGGCGUGCUCCAGCGCCUGGGGGCCACCUACUUCGUGGUCGCCGUGUUGGAGCUGCUCUUCGCCAGGCCGGUGCCCGAGACCUGCGCCUCGGAGAGGAGCUGUUUUUCUCUGCUGGACAUCAUGGCCAGCUGGCCCCAGUGGCUCUUCGUGCUGAUCCUGGAAGGCGUCUGGCUGGCCUUGACCUUCUUCUUACCGGUUCCCGGGUGCCCCACCGGUUACCUGGGGCCAGGUGGCAUCGGAGACGGGGGCAGGUACCGGAACUGCACUGGCGGCGCUGCGGGCUAUGUGGACCGCCUGCUCCUGGGCGAACAGCACCUCUACCAGCACCCGUCCUCCACUGUGCUUUAUCACACCGAGGUGGCCUAUGACCCGGAGGGCAUCCUGGGGACCAUCAACUCCAUUGUGAUGGCGUUUUUGGGAGUUCAGGCAGGGAAGAUACUCCUGUAUUACAAGGACCAGACCAGAGGCAUCCUGAUCAGAUUCGCUGCCUGGGGUUGUCUUCUUGGGCUUGUUUCUGUGGCUCUGACGAAGGCAUCUGAAAAUGAAGGCUUUAUUCCAGUAAACAAAAACCUCUGGUCCGUCUCCUACGUCACCACGCUGAGCUCCUUGGCCUUCCUCAUCCUGCUGGCCCUGUAUCCCGUGGUGGAUGUCAAGGGGCUGUGGACCGGAGCCCCGUUCUUCUACCCGGGGAUGAACUCGAUCCUGGUGUACGUGGGCCAUGAGGUCUUCGCCAACUACUUCCCCUUCCAGUGGAAGCUGGGCGACCAGCAGUCCCACAAGGAGCACCUCGUGCAGAACGCGGUCGCCACCGCCCUGUGGGUGCUCAUCGCCUACGUCCUCUAUAAGAAGAAGGUGUUCUGGAAGAUCUGA